GGAGGGGAGGGGGUGACGCUGCCUCACUCCCGUGUCUUGUCUGUUGCUUCCUCGCUCAACGCCUCAGCCGGGCCAGAGAGCCAGGGCGCUCCGGGCGGGUCGAGUUACCACCCCCGUCUCCUCCCCCUCAGCCCGGCAUGGAGGAACGGGGGGGCGGCAGGAAGAGACUGGAGAGGCGCUGCGAAGGCGAAGAGCGUGAAAGGGCAGCGACCACCGCGGCAGAGGAAGCGGCGGCGACGACAGCCGUUACGACACCCCAAGGCAGGAAGGAGGCUGAGGAGGAGCUUCAGGACCUGGACUGGAGCUUCGUCGACAUGGAGACGACGAUGUCGCUGCACGACCUGCCCAACGCGCUUAUCGCUUGCAACCUGCCUUUGGCCGUCUUCUUCGCCGAUGGGCCCUGCAGGACUAGAUUUGAAGCCCUCUUUAGAGCUCAUGACCAAGAUGUCACCUUUCAGUAUUUUAAGAGUUUUAAACGAAUAAGGAUAAACUUCAGCAAUCCUUUAUUAGCUGCUGAUGCUAAAAUUCGAUUAAAUAAAACAGAAUUUCUUGGAAAAGAACUAAAACUGUUUUUCGCCCAGUCUUUGCAUAUUGGACGUUCACACUUAGCACCACCAGAUCCAGAAAAACAGUUCUUGAUUUCACCUCCAUCUUCUCCUCCUGUUGGCUGGAGACAAUCAGAUGAUGCCACACCUGCCAUUAAUUAUGAUCUUUUGUAUGCAAUCUCCAAACUUGGACCAGGGGACCAGUAUGAACUUCAUGCUGCAACUGAUACUACUCCCAGUGUUGUAGUACAUGUGUGUGAAACUGAUGAUGAACUUGAAGAACAAGAAGAGGCAGAAGCAGCCAAGAAACCAAAACCAAAAAUUAUUCAAACCAGGAGGCCAGACUAUACACCCUCUCACCGAAGCUGAACUUUGUAGAGCUUUCAGUUGCUCUAAACUGGCAUGCUGAAAGGAGACAUUGAAGAAAUGGCAGGUCACAAAUUUUAUGACAUUAGAAGUGAAACAAAAACUAAUGUAAAGACACUUUAAGAAAGGGGAAUGUCUUCAUAUAUUUGUAUGUGAAUGCUGCACGUUGGCUAACAGGACAAAUUACAACAUGAACUUUCUGAAAUCUUGGAGAGGAACUAAACAUGGUAGCCCUAGGGAGAAAAUAUAUACUGUUUGCAUUAAGGGGUUUUUCAGAUACUCUAGAUUUCUGUUACAAAGAAGCUGGGGAUACCUUCCCUGUUUAUGUGUAUGUCCUAUGAUAAAUUUCUGUAAUUCAUAGGUUAGACAACAUAGCUGCAGUUCUAAAAUGUACACAUUGGUAAUUAUAUCCCACUGGAAUCAGUGGGGCAUACAAGUUAAGUGUGUUUAAAGCGGCAGCUUGUAUUUGGUAUACAAUGAUAAAGAUGUAGUUUUAAAGAUGAAGUAUGAAAUUGUUAAUCAUUUUUCAUAUUAGAUUCAGUGCAUGCAUGUAGAACUUUGAAAGUAAGUAGAACUUUGGAAAUAAGUUUGUUUAACUUUGUCUGUACUUUCUCAUUUUAUACUGUUGAGAAGAAUGAUCUCAAAUACUGAUUUCUCAGCUUUCUGAAUUAUGUUUGUAUAGGCAUUCAUUUUUCAGUGGGAACAUAUUUAUAGUAAAACACUAAGUUUGGUGCAAUAUCCAUUUUUAAUGUUAACUGCCAAUUUAUGGUUUAUCUAAAAAACUAUGGAAUACUUACAUACAUUUAAAAUGGAUGGAUAAUUUAAAAUUAUUCUAAAUGAAAUUAUUUAUGUUGGUUUAAACCAUCUUAACUACUUGAUUGAUCAGACGUGCAGGCAAUCUGCAGGUGAAUGUUGUUGAAUUCACAACCAUGGGAGACUGUAAACUACUUUCCUAGCCACAAACAUGUACAAGUAUAACUGUUGUUGUUUAAUGUUGUUAAUGGUGCGUAAGCACAUUUAGUAUGUAAACAAAUGUGGGCUGUGGCAUUUGAGAAGAAUGGAGUGCCUUUUUUCUCAUGAAUUUCAGGUGGGAUUGUUGCACUAGCUGAGAACUUUAACUUUUUUAAUUGAAAGAAUGUUUUAUGGAACUGUUUUCUGUUUAAGCAUCAUCAACCAAGAUACAGUCCCCAGUAUUAGAUGCAAAGCCACAAGUAUCCUUUUAGUGCUUUGCUGUAGGAGCUGUUGGCUAUUUCCAAAGGCCAGCAGCAAAUGGUGUUCAAACACUUUUUGUGUCGUAUUCUCAAAAAAGACUUAUGCCCAUUUAACAUCCCAUUUCUCAUAUUUUUUUUAAAAAAACUUCCUUUUGAAUGGAUUCUUGAUUAAGAUACUUUUGAGAAAUAAAUACACUUCUCAAGUUGUCGUAGCUAAGUUAAGAAGUUUCUCUUUAAAAAAAAUGAGGUAUGUCAUGCUCCUUGAAUAUUUAUUUUAUUUUAUUUUAUUUUGAGGGAGAGAGGAAAGUGGGUUAUUUACUUAGAGAUGUCAGUAGGAGCUCUGUUUCAAAAGAAAAAGAAUUUUAAAGAGAUUCUUUCCACUAAAUGGUCUACCAUCCUUCUUGGAACAUCCUUCUUGAUGCAGUAUAAAUAGCUAUACUGUAUAAAGUCAGCAGUACAGAAUGUAUUCUAUUUCUAAUAUUCUAGCUUUGCCCAAGCUGUGUGUUUAAAAGCUAUGAGGCUAAUACUUUAACCACAGCAAAUGGAGGAACAAUAUAUAUUUUGUUUUCUAUACAAUGAUAGUAAAAGCCCUAUGGAUUCAGAAUAUUCUGAUUUGUAUUAAAGAAACACUUAAGGCUAUGUAGUCCUUUCAUUGAAGAUGUCCUCUGCACUUGUUUCUGUGUUUCCUUUUAAAACACAGCUGCAGACCUUGGUUAAAUUAGUUCCCCUUCCCACACUCUGUGGCCUAUUCCUAUAUUUUCACUGUUGUAAAAAUCCAGUCCACAAAUGAAUUAAGUUGGAAGACUACAGUAUUUAAAAUAUCUUACAUUUGCACAUUAAGUACUGCUAAGCUAAUUGGGUUUUAAUUCAGGGAUAACUAUUUUUAAAUUACCACCCUUCAAACAGGUCUCCUUAAAUUCCAUUGCUAUCAAAGAUUAAAGCUGUCUGAUUGUGUCCAUAAAAUCACAGUCUUAGCCCAUCUGAAUUCUAAUGGGCUAAAUCAGCUUGAACUUUGAUAUUUUAGCUGGACUGCUAUAGGAUUUUAAUAGUAACUGUACAGCUACUACUUGAUUGCUUUAUUCUAAGUAGAGAAUACAAGAAAAACAAGCAGAAUAUUGUAUUUAAAAAGCAAAAA